AUGGCCGCCUCCUUGACCAAACGACGGGCCGUUGUAAGCGGCUUGAGCGUCUUCUCCAGACAACGAAUAUUCCUUAGGCAACCGCUUCGCAAGACUGAGCCAUGCAGGACUUUGCAAACAGCGGUAGCAGUCAGGCGCUGCAAUCGGCGCGGUACGCUACAAACCGCUUACUUGUGGUCACGCUCCGCGGUCGCGUUGCCGGACCGUCGCUACUUUGCGACCCUUACCGAAAAGGACAGCGUAGCCGUGGAUGCCAAGCUUCUGCUGAAGUAUUUUCAGGUGGUGGCCAAGGAACUCAAGGAUGUGGAGACGGAACUCCAGCGUCGCUCGUUGGACGCCAAGAGGACCAAGGAGCUGAACGACAAGGUGGCGCGGUUGUCGGCUAUCGUGCGCCUCUUCGAGAAAGUCAACACUCUCAGAAAAGAAGUCGAUGGGCUCAAAGACUUGGAAAAAGAUUUCACCAAGACGGGUGAUAACGAAAUGCUUAACAUGGCUCUGGAUGACCUGAAGAAGUGUGAAAUCGAAAUACAAGAUAUUUAUGACCAGAUUCUAGAGCAGAUAGUUCCUCCGGAUCCCGUCGACUCGAGCGAGGUGCUUCUCGAGCUGACGGCCGGCGUUGGGGGCCAGGAAGCCAUGCUGUUCACUGGAGACAUCAUGGAAAUGUACAUGCACUACUGCAGGUGGAAAGGGUGGACCUGUACACCACUGGACUACGAAACCGCCGACCAAGGAGGCGUGCGGCACGCUUCUUUAAGCAUUGGUGGAAGAGACGUAGGGAAGUUCCUCAAGUUUGAAAGCGGCGUCCAUCGAGUCCAAAGGGUGCCGGCCACGGAGAAGUCUGGCCGCAUACACACCAGCACCAUGGCCGUUGCGGUCAUGCCAAUGCCUAGUGAGGUUGAGGUUGAUGUCAACCCAAAGGACCUAGUCAUAAAAACAAAGAAAGCUAGUGGCCCAGGAGGUCAGCAUGUGAAUAAGACCGAGUCUGCAGUACAGAUACUACACACACCAACUGGAACCAUGGUCGAAUCGGGCAAGGAGCGCUCGCAGCUCAUGAACAAGGAGAUAGCCCUGAAAAUACUGCGGGCAAAGCUCUACCAGAUGCAACUCGAAAAGCAGCUCAGCCAACACUCAGCCCAAAGAAAACUUCAGGUAGGGUCAAGAGGCCGUUCCGAGAAAAUCCGAACGUACAACUACGCGCAGGACCGCGUCACCGACCACAGAAUACCCAUCACAGUUCACAACAUCGCAGAGUUUCUACAAGGAGAGGAACUACUCGACAACGUGAUACAAAGACUACUUAAAGAGUCGAGAAAAGAAAUAGUCCUAGAAGUGCUACAGCCAGUAGUAAAUGAAGGAAAGAAAUGAAAAUUCAAGGGCUCUUUUUUUUAGGCAUAAAAUGAAAACUAACAGAUGAUGCGAAGGAGAGCAAACGGAAUUUUAGUAGACGUAAUGUAAUUGUGAAAAAAAGUGGACGAAAGAUGCUAUAGUAGAUAAAUAGUGGAUCAGCUGUGUCAGUAUUAAGCCCGAAACAUGUGCAGCGUUUUUCCGACAUUUUGUACGCUCGCGUCACUUGGCGCCAAUGCUGCCAGUGGUCAAAUCGUCCACUUCUGGGUGAUUCAGAUAUCUGCAGUGCCGGUGCUGGAAGAGAGUUGACGAAUGGAGAACCAAUCAGCGCACGGCUGCCAGCGACUUCCGCUGCGUAACAGCAUCGUUGCAGCUGUUAAGUGGUCACUGUGUGACCCAAAAAUAGA